AUGUCAGACGACGAAGACGAUUACCUUGCAAACCUUGACAAAUUUCUUGUUGAACCGAGCACUUCCUCUGGGCCCAAAUCCUACUCGCAGCUCCGCAAAGAAGCAGAGAAAAAGUCAAGAGCAAAGAAUGAACAGAAUCGGGUCAAGGGCCGGCGACAACGCGAGGCUGAAUCGCGUGAAGAGGGGCUCAACAAGAGUCUAUUCACGCGUGCAAAAGAGGACGAGGAUGCUGGUCUCAGUUCGGGUAACAAAGCGUUGUCCAUUAUGAUGAAGAUGGGCUUCAAACCUGGGCAAACACUGGGCAAUCCGGACGACAACCAAACAGACGCGCAACCCGAGCGACCAGCUAGUCCCGUUGAUCAACCCGACACGGAAACGAGGCAUAAUAAAGCAGAUCCACUGCCAAUAAACGAAUGGGCUGGCAAGCGGGGUAUUGGACUGGGAGUGAAACGCGCGAGAUCUCCUUCUUUUGCAGAGCGCGUCGCUAAAAUGGCCAAAAUGGCCGAUGACACCCGAAAUCGCGACUUCCGAGAUCGGGCUAGACAAGAAUAUGAGGAGCGACGCGCUGAAGGGCGACUGGUGCCUGCGCAACGUACAUGCGUGAGUCUUGAUGAGAAGGCAGGUAAAGUCUUUAAUGCACUCUGGGUCAAUCCGCGCGAGCCAGACACAUUCCCGCCCGGUCUAUUUGAAGCCUUGAGUUUAUACACGACGACAUUUGAAGUCUCAUCAGAAACUAAACAAGGCUCCGACAGCAACAAGACUGACCGUAUCGAUGCGGCGAGACUCCGACGACAGAUGGCUGCUGAUGCCCUUCAACCGCUCGGGGAACUGACUGACGACGGCAACUCAGCUCCUACUCUAGCUAUUGAACAAGAGUUUCCAUCGGAAGUCUUGGAAGAAACCUCCCAUUUUCUACGUCUCCAGGCUAGCGACAGGCUGGAGAUGGUUCUGUCUUACCUCCGAGAUAACUAUUAUUAUUGCUUCUGGUGCGGCACCCGGUACGAGAACGCAGAAGAUCUAGGGAAUCAAUGUCCUGGGGAGAGUGAAGAUGCCCACGAUUAG